AUGGUUCGCACCAGAAGAUCCAUGGCUGCCGCCGGCGAGGUUGUUGUAGCAGCACUUCCUCCCGCGGAAACCAAGAAGCCUCGCGGUCGCCCUCGCAAAUCAGCCACCCCAGCCGUUAGUGUCACGGCGUCUUCUGUACCGACGCUGGCGACAUACACAUCUGGUAGUGAGUAUGCUACGCCACUUACCAGCCAUGGCGCGACCCCGACGCCGUCUCUACUCAAGGAGAACGUACAGUCCACCAGGUCGACCCGGUCCGCUUCCAAGAUUGAAGUGGCUAUACCCGUUCUCAAGGCCUCACAUGCUACGCAGAUAAUGCUUCGCAGUAGCACCUCUGUUACGACCAGCAAGCGGAAGAGAGAUGUGGUAGCGGACAGCCAAGAGGAUGACUCCGAUGAUGGUCAUGACGCAAAACUUGCGCGAAUGCUUCAGGACAAGGAAGAUGCAAAGAUAGCAUCAUCAUCCAAAACAUCCUCUUUCCGAGUUGAUCGUUUGGGCAGUACCCCGCGUAGCACACGGCCUACUCUUCGGGUCAAACAUAAUGCUUCGAGCAGCAAGUUUAAAAAGGAGGUCAUUGCGGAUAGCGAGGAAGAUGAUUUUGACGAUUCCCCCGACGCUAUACUUGCCCUGAAACUUCAGGCCGAGGAAUACGGAGACGAAGAUUCCGAAGAGGAAGCGACUACGUCUAAGUUUAGGGCACUUGGACUUCGUCGCAGUUCGAGAGGCCUCAACUCGUCUCCAGUCCGGGCGUCAAUGUCUAGCAAAGCCACAAGCAAAUCCACCGCCGUUGCAAAAGGAAAGCAGCCUGUGCUUCUACGGAACUCCACUAGGCGUGGUGUUACAGAGUCUUCCAUCCAAGUUCCUCGGUUUAGGACAGCCAAAGAUCUGAUUGCUGAUUCUAAGGAAGAGGUUGAUACCUCUGGUUCUCUGUCGGCCUUCGAGUCUGACGAGAACGACAGCGAUGUCAUUAUCCAAGGAGGUCGCCCUUCCGUGGCCCAAAAGGGAAAAGGGAAGGCAAAGGCGCCCCCGCCAGAGUCGGAGGAUGAGAACGAUAGCGACGAUUCUGCCCAGCCCCUCAGCAGGCGCUCUCGUAAGGUUCGUCCUUCCGCAGCCCAGAAAGGAAAAGGAAAGGCAACCGAGGCCCAGAAGGGCAAGGGAAAGGCAAAAGCAACCCAGCCUGAGUCGGAGGAUGACUUUGACCUAGACGUUACUGGUUCUCUCGAGUCGGAGGUCGAGUUUGAUCUAGACGGUGCUCUGGACGAGUCGGAGUUCGAGAUUGACAUGUCGCUGCCAGACGAGGACCCUGAGUUUCUUAUUCCGACCGGUUUGGAGGGCUUGGCAGACGCGAGCGACGCCGAUGAAGAUGCCAAUUUGGGCACCCACAUCGCAGAAGCUGGUGAGGGUCUCGAUCGUAUCAGGGCCCAGAUGAACAACCGACGUGCGUAUCGAUCGUAUCGGAGCGAUCGGCGCAUUAAGAAUGACCGAUCCCGUCUCGAGAGACAGCAUCCCGAAAUCAAGACGAUGUGGAAAGAUCUGGAGAACAUGCCCGUUUUGAAGGCUGGUAAGGCGGAACAGCCAAAGUCCAUUUCACGACAGCUGAAGCCCUUCCAGCUUGAAGGGUUGGCGUGGAUGACAGAAAUGGAAAAGACAGAGUGGAAGGGAGGACUUCUCGGUGAUGAGAUGGGCCUGGGUAAAACGAUUCAGGCUGUGUCUCUCAUAAUGUCCGAUUAUCCCGCUAAGAAGCCUUCCCUCGUUCUUGUGCCUCCUGUGGCCCUGAUGCAGUGGAUGACGGAGAUUGACUCAUACACCGACGGUACGCUGAAGACACUCGUCGUUCACGGCACUAACUCCAAGUCCAAGAAUCUCACCGCCAAGGACAUCAAGAGUUAUGAUGUGAUCCUCAUGUCUUACAACAGCUUGGAGUCCAUGUACCGAAAGCAGGAAAAGGGCUUCAAGCGCAAGGAGGGUCUCUACAAGGAGAAAUCCGUCGUUCAUCAGACCGAGUGGCACAGGGUCAUCUUGGACGAAGCACAUAGCAUCAAGAGCCGCACAACGAUGACGGCUAAGGCAUGCUUCGCCCUCAAGGUUACCUAUCGGUGGUGUCUCAGCGGAACACCUUUGCAAAACCGCAUCGGAGAGUUCUUCUCUCUAAUCCGCUUCCUCAACAUUCGGCCAUUUGCAUGCUAUUUGUGCAAAGGAUGCCCCUGCAAGACUCUCGAAUGGGGCAUGGACGAAGACAACAGGUGCAAGGGUUGCAAGCACAGUGCCAUGCAACACGUUUCGGUGUUCAACCAAGAACUCCUCAACCCCAUCCAGAAAUACGGAAACCGCGGUGAGGGUGCUUUGGCCUUCAAGAAGCUACGGACCCUCACGGACCGCAUCAUGUUGCGGAGACUCAAGAAGGACCACACCAAUGCAAUGGAACUUCCAGUCAAGGAGAUCAACGUCGAGCGUCAGUUCUUCGGAGAGGUAGAGAACGAUUUUGCAAACAGCAUCAUGACAAGCGGCCAGCGAAAGUUCGACACAUAUGUGGCCACUGGUGUGCUGCUGAACAACUACGCCAACAUCUUUGGCCUUAUUAUGCAAAUGCGACAGGUCGCUGACCAUCCGGAUCUGAUCCUGAAGAAGAACGCUGAAGGUGGUCAGAACGUGCUCGUGUGCUGUAUCUGUGACGAGCCUGCCGAAGAUGCCAUUCGCUCCCGUUGCAAGCAUGACUUCUGCCGUGUUUGCGUCAAGACGUAUGUGCAUUCGGCUACGGAUCCGAACUGCCCUUCUUGCCACAUUCCUCUUUCUAUCGACCUGGAGCAGCCCGAGCUUGAGCAGGACGAGGUUCAGGUCAAGAAAUCAUCCAUCAUUAAUCGGAUCAAGAUGGAGAAUUGGACUUCGUCAUCCAAGAUUGAGUUGUUGGUGCACGAACUCCACAAGCUCCGAUCCGAUAAUGCCUCCCACAAGUCCAUCAUCUUCUCCCAGUUCACCACUAUGCUCCAGCUUAUCGAGUGGCGCUUGCGCCGUGCCGGUAUCACUACCGUCAUGCUUGACGGCAGUAUGACUCCAGCCCAACGCCAGGCUUCGAUUAACCACUUCAUGAAGAACGUGGACGUUGAGUGCUUUUUGGUGUCCCUAAAGGCAGGAGGUGUCGCUUUGAACCUCACUGAGGCUUCGAGGGUUUUCAUUGUCGAUCCCUGGUGGAAUCCAGCAGCUGAAUGGCAAUCUGCCGACAGAUGCCACCGUAUCGGCCAGAGCCGCCCUUGUACAAUCACCCGUCUUUGCAUUGAGGACUCGGUUGAGAGUCGUAUGGUUCUUCUGCAAGAGAAGAAGACCAACAUGAUCAACUCGACCAUUAAUGCCGAUGAUGCCGCGAUGGAUUCGUUGAGUCCUGAGGAUUUGCAGUUUCUGUUUAGAGGAAGCUAA